UUGUCACCACUCUCUCUCUACUCUCCACAACCUCGUCUCUUUCACUUCCCCAUUACAAUCUCGCAGCCAUCCUUUGAGAUUCAAAAACCCUCUUGGCUUUUGAUCUCUCAAAACCCUUAAAAGUCUCAAACUUUAUAGACAGAAGCUGAGAGCCACAUCCUCCCAAGGCAAGAAAGUUUCAACCUUUAUGAUAUUUUGUUCACUGUUUUUUCAACUUUUUUGGUUCCGCCAUUUCGGUUUUCAUCGCAUACUGAGAUUGGUUUAGGGGGUUUCUGUUGGUUCCUGUUCAUUUGAGGCCGGAAAUGUUUGAAUGUUUUGAUUUUUAUGAUCAGGGUUUUGGUGUUGUUGUUGAAGAAAAAAAGAUAAGAUUUUGGUGGGUUUUUAGCUCUAACUCUGUUUUGGUUUCUUUUUGCAGAAGAAGUUUGUGCUGUGUUGAAGUGAGUUGAGGACUGAUUUGGACGCAGAGCAAGUGAGUUACCCAUUUCUAGGUUUUGAAUUGUGUUUGGCUUUGAGUUGUGUUUAUAUGAUAAUAUGGGGUGCUUGGUUUAGUUGGAUAGACAUUUUGUCCGAGUUUCAUGAUUGUUAUAUGUAAUUCGUGGGUAGUCUGAUUUUAUUAGUUGAAGUAAAAUUUUCUGAUUUUGCGAGAAAAGGAGAAAUUAUGAGACUUUGCUGGCUAUUGAUCAACACAUUAGCUUCUUUGUCCCUUGAAAUUGUUCUUUGGAGUGGUCUUGUUACUUGUGUUUCUUAUGUAUCUUUGCGAUUUUGUUUGGAUGAACUGGUUCAGUGUAGCUAAGUGUUUGAGCAUGAUAACUCAUUACAUACAGUUAAACUAUCUCGGGUUUGACAUAAAUGCAAGUCUCGUUACCUGCCCAUUUUGGAUUCUUUUUGUUUUUUUGCAAAAAUUUACAACUUUCCCUUGUUUUUAUCCAAUAGAUGUGUAAAUAUUUGUUUACAUAGACAAAAGGCUUUCAUGUGUGGUACUAUAUGGGUGCAAUGGUUUGUCUUUGCUUCUGAGCUAUUAAAAUCUCUUUGCUAUCACCCUUUGUAAGAUUUAAAAUCUACUGAAAAUGGAUGCAGCAACUCUAUGCCAGAUUAAAAAGAGGAGCAUACGUGUUUGAGUCUUGGUGUUAUGGAUAAGGAAUAUAACUUCCAAAUCCUUUUACCAAAUGGCACAACCGUUCGUUUGAAAUUUUACAACCCUGAGCCGAAAAUGCCAUUCAGAGAUUUUAUUCAAAGAGUGGAAAAGGAAUAUGUCCGCGCUUGGAAACAAUCAGGUUCAGUGAAGCGGAAGCGGGAAGUUAACUGGAAAGGCGGCAGCUUUCUUCUUGUAGAUGCUGAUGAUAUGAAGAUACAAAAUGUAGUGAAUUUCAAGAACUUCAAGCAACAAGAGUGUCACAUCUUAAGGCUUCAAGACGGUCUUGAGGAUAUCACUACUACUUUUGAGAACAUGUGGGAUUUGACGCCUGAUACUGAUUUAAUUAAGGAACUACCACAAGAGUAUACGUUUGAGACUGCUCUGGCAGAUUUGAUUGACAAUUCCCUGCAAGCUGUAUGGUCAAGUGAAGUGAGUUAUAAACAUAUAAGUGUGGAUAUUGACGAUGAUAUGAUCUCCAUAUUUGACACUGGCCCAGGGAUGGAUGGAAGUAAUGAAAACUCAAUAGUGAAGUGGGGAAAGAUGGGUGCUUCACUUCACAGGUCUUAUAAGGAACAGGCAAUAGGGGUUAAACCUCCUUACCUAAAGCCCUUUUUUGGAAUGUUUGGAUAUGGUGGACCUAUAGCGUCCAUGCAGUUGGGGAGGUGUGCAUUAGUUUCAUCUAAGAAAAAGGAUUCCAAGAAAGUGUAUACCUUGAGUCUUGAUAGAGAUGCUUUACUCAGUUCUAAUUGGAAGACUGGUGGUAGCAUGAGGGAUCCUGAAGAAGAUGAGAUGAGAAGAACACCACAUGGAAGCUUCACUAAGGUUGAAAUCUCUGAACCUAAAUCAAAAGUAGAUGUACAUCAACUCCGGUGCAAGCUGAAGGAUAUAUAUUUCCCAUAUAUUCAGUAUGAUGAAGAUGCAAAAUCAGGGAAAACUCAGAUGCCAGUCAAGUUUGAGGUCAAUGGUGUUAAUUUGACUGAGAUUGCCGGUGGUGAGAUAGCAACGACCAACGUGCAUUCCUGCAAUGGUCCUGAAUUUGUUUUACAGCUUCAGUUCUCUUGUAAGCAAGAUAAUAUGAGAAAACACAGAUCUCCUAAUUUAAAGACUUAUCGCAAAGCUAAUGCUCGCCUGAAGUGCGUCUAUUUUCCAAUUGAAAAGGGAAAGGAGAACAUUGACAAAAUUGUGGAGAAAUUAGGGACCAGAGAAAACUUUGAGACCUUUAGUCGUGUCUCUAUUCGGAGGCUUGGCCGCCUGCUUCCCGAUGCUCGUUGGGGCUUGCUUCCUUUCAUGGAUAUGAAGCAAAAAAGAGGAACCUUGGCACAAUUGCUGAAAAGAUGUUGCAUGAGAGUUAAAUGCUUCAUAGAGACUGAUGCUGGCUUCAAUCCAACAAGAUCGAAGACUGAUUUAGCUCAACAUUGUCCUUUCACAACUGCAUUGAGAAAUUUUGGCGAUAAGCCUCUUGAGAAUGAGAAUGACAUCAAAGUUCAAAUAUAUAAAGAUGGAAACCUUCUAAAUCCUUUGCAAUUAAAGAAGGAAUAUGAGGACUGGUUAAUUCAGAUGCAUAGAUACGAUGACGAUGAAGCUGACUGUGGUGAAGACCAACCUGUCUUUGUUGUAAGUCCUGCAAACAAAAAGGCACUUCGUAUAUCAUCUGAAGUCGCAAGGGUGCAUAAAUCCAUAAUGAGGAAUGGAAGGACCUGGAGUUGUGGUCAAAGAAUUAAAAUACUCAAGGGAGCAUGUGCUGGGGUUCAUAACAACAAUGUCUACGCCACGAUUGAGUAUUUUUUGCUUGAAGGUCUCCAAGAUGAGUCUGGUGGUGAGGCUCGCAUUUUAUGCAGGCCUUCAAGUCUUCCAGAUGAAAAGGGUUGCCUCCUUUCAGUCAAUAAUGGGGAGACUAAUUUGGAUAUGGGUGGAUCCUUGUCUAUACCACUAAGUGUGAUUGACGCCGGAAAGUGCAUAGCUGUUGAUAAAACAGAGUGGGAUAUCCAUAUUGAGAAACGACGCCAGAAAUCUCCUUCUACAAUUGAACUUCUUGGUGCUGAACAAUGCCAAGAGUUGGAGGUUAAUGGGGCAUUAGUGGAUGCUCGAGCUGGAAAAAGUCCUCCAGAAGAAGUAGUGGCUAUUGUUCGACCUGGAAAUUAUGUCAGUUCCAGUUCUUCAAAAAGCCUGGAUCAGAAGUACAUAGUCAAGAGUAAUUUAGAAAUGACUAUGAAAGUCAACUUUAAAGGCGAUGCCGAUGAACGUCCGAAUGUUAGUCAUAUAUACUCAGAGCGGGUAGGACCUAAGUCACUUAAGGGAAUUCAAGGGUUAUAUGUUUUUUCCGUCAAACACAAGCUGAAUGGUUUCUAUCGAAGUGCUGGUGUCUAUACGUUCUCAUUUCAUCUUAAUGAGUCAGACUGUAAGAGUUCUGAGAGAAGUGUACAAAUCAAGCCAUCUUCCAAGGUUGGAAAGUGGGUCCUUCUAAACGAUGAUCAGCUUACACUGCAUAGAGUGAGAGUUGGUUCAGUAUUUCCACCUCUCUCGAUAGCAUGUCUUGAUGAAUUUGGCAAUCGAAUUCGGUUUGCUACUGUGAAAGUCGCUGUGAAAGUUCAGACAAAUGAGGGAUUGCUGCUUUUCCAUGUAGAAAAAUUCACACCAGAAUUUUCAGAACAUACUUUGACUGUGAAGGAUAUGCUGAUGGAGAGCAGUGAAUUAGACAAACUUCGACCUACAUAUGGAGCGACUUUAGUUGUAUGUAGAAGUGAUGAUAAAUUUUCAGUUUCGGUUCCAUGUGAAGUUAAUCCUGGACCUCUAUGGAAUGUCAUGGCCAGUCCUAUUUUUGAAAAUCAAGUGCUUCCAGGUUACACUAUUCAGGAGUUUAUCCUAGAGAUGUUUGAUCAAUAUGGCAAUCAUGUAAUAGAAGGCACUCAAGUUCAAUUGAAUGUGGAGGGGUUAUCUAUUCAAGAUCGACUAGGUACAGCACGCACGGUUGACCGUCAUGGAUGCAUUGACCUUGGUGGCCUGUUGAAAGUAACUGCAGGUUAUGAGAAAAGUGUUUCAAUCUCUAUUUAUUCGGGCAAUAAUGUUUUACUUAAUCUUCAGUCUCAAACUGAGAAAAGGAUGUUGAGAAUUGCAACAAAGGUUCCUGAUGCGUGUGUGGCCGGUACUCAAUUGGAAAACUUGGUUUUCGAAGUUGUCAAUUCUGAUGGUGUUGUCGAUGCUACUAUUCAUCAUGAAGAGAAAAGUGGCCAGUUACAUAUGCUUACAAUAAAGGAUGACUCAUCAUUUAUGGAGGAAUCCCUUCGUUUCACAUUCAAUCAUGGUCGGUGCACUGUACCAACUAUUUUUGUUCCUGAAGUCGAAGAGAGCUUUAACUUUGUAGCUGCUCAUUCAUGUUAUCCAGAACUGCAUCUGAAUAUAAAGGUUCCUGUAGUGCAAGCUCUAAAGGAGAAAUAUGAUCAUCUGCUCACUGAAGAAGAGAAGCACGAUGGGUCUCCAACUCCGUGGGAGGUUUCUCCGCUCCAAGAAUUUCUGCAGCCAGUUGGAAACUUGAUGGUUCCAAAAGUGGAUCAACAAGAGUUUCAAUCCCCGUGUAACCGGCCGUGUUCAUAUGGAAACACAUCGCUUCUUCCAGAUUCUUCUGGCCUUCAGCAAUUAGUAAACCUCAAGGAACAACUGGUAUAUAGUAAGAAUACUAUGGACAAACAUGGAACACGCAUUGGAGAUAUGGAAAAAAAAUUGGAGACUCUAAAGGAAAUGAAAGAAAAAGCUACGCAAGAGCUCUAUAAAUUGCAAGGGUGUAUUGGAUCAUACAAAAAGCAUUUGAUAAACCACAUAGAAAGCAUGCCACACACUGCAGCUGCUAUCAUCUGUGCUCUGUCUAGAGAAGUUUCAUUUGAAGAGUCGAGCAAUCAUUUCAUGGGAGAUGUGAUUGGAUUGGUUGCUCUACUUGGUACUGUUUGCACUAGUAAUCUUAGCAGGAUAUUGGCUGAAUACUUAGGUAAAGAUCAGAUGCUUGCCAUUGUCUGUAAAUCCUUUGAAGCUGCUGGUGCUCUUGAGAAGUUUGUACAGAGUGACCACAAGGAAGUUGAUUCUAUGUAUCCAUUCUGUAAUCCGGCUCUACUUCAGAAGAACCCUACACAUGGUCGAUCUUUUGUUAUAUGUCUGGAAGACAUAAGGCCUUACACUGGUGAACUUGACCUUAGUGACCCUCAAAGGAAACUAGCAUUGCCAGAUCCAGUCUUGCCAAGUGGAAUGGUUCCGGAUGGUUUCUUAGGAUAUGCAGUCAAUAUGGUUGACCUGGAUUGCCAUCAUUUACAGAUGCUGACAUCUGCAGGCCAUGGUCUCAGGGAAACUGUAUUAUACUGUCUUUUCGGUCAGCUGCAAGUGUACAAAACCAGGGAAGAUAUGGUGGCUGCUCGUGCUUCUAUUAAACAUGGUGCAGUUUCUCUGGAUGGAGGAAUUAUGAAACAGAAUGGAUUAACUUCUUUUGGAGUCGGGGACAUUGAAAUAUGUUUUCCAGUAGCAGAAAGUCGGGAGCUUUCCACAUCAAUAAAUGCUGUUGAAGUGGAGAUGCAGAUUGAGGAGAAGAAGUCAACUUUGACAGAUAUCAAUAGGUGUAUCCAAACAGUGCACAAAUUCCAUCGGAAAGCAAAAAAGAAAUUUGAGAAGGCAAAGAAGUUGGGACAUAAGCUUUUGGAGGACAUCCGGUCAAGCCAAGAGCAGUCUCCCAGUCCAAAGAAAGAAGGGAGACAGCUCGUAAACACUAGCAGCUCUCAAAGUUCAUAAGCAUUAUACUGGUGGAUGUUCAGCUAGGCAUAGAUUUCUGAGUCCUCCCUUCACUUGGUUUCAGUAACUAGCAAGUUUCGACUAGUAUCAGUAUAUAACUGGUAAUUUUAGGUGGGUUACAGAAAUAUUACUUGGUAUACUAACGCUUAGCCUUGAUGGACAGUGAUGUAACUUCUAUCAGAAUGCACCCUUUUGUUUAAGAAAUGAAGUGAUAUAGCUUAGGCUUCUCCUCAUGCUUUAUUCUGUGAAAUGUUGAGAAUGCAAUGCAGACCUUAAUA